CAUCCCAUCCUCUUCACAUCGAAGAUGGGAGGCGAUCGAGGUUCGAAUCUCUGUGCUGUCUGAGUGUUUCCGUGGGUUUCCCUCAAACGCUGUAACGCACAUGUCGGCACAGUUUCCUAGGAAGUCGGCUCAGGACGCGCGGUCCACCCCGAGCGACAUGCCGCCACACCGGCAGGCAGAUCUCUCGGCAAUAUAACGCGUCAUCAACCGACCCAUAUUCCUCGAUUCGGUCGUUCGUGGGGGCGUUGUGUUCUUCUUUCGUUCAUCUCUCAUCGAGUGCUUUUCGAGUGACCCAGUUGGGCGGUACGCGACUCACGCGGGCCGUAUCCCGGGGUUACAGCCCGCCCAUCUCACUAGAGGGCAUCGUGGACGCGGGCAGCCAAUCACCAUCAGUUGACCGGAAACGCACAACUUGGGUAGCAGACGACAGCUUCGGAACAUCGUCAAAUCAUGGAAGUUCAAGUGGAACGACCUUCUAAGACAAAGAAGGAAGUGGUGAGGGAGAAAGCGGAAGAAAACGUGAGGGAGGAGGAAGUGGAAGAGAUGAAGCAAUGUGUCUGCCAAAUAUGUACAUGUGGGCAGCACCGAUGUCCGUCUGCUUCGUCGGGAAGCUCCGGCCACCACUCGGUCGAGAAUGUGCCACCGGGUGGGGUCACGCAAACAGAGGGAAAAAAUACUCCCAGAAGACAACAAUGGCGGGUCUCGCCCGAGCUCGUCCGUCAGAUCUCCAGGUCCUACCGGAACCUUCGAGACGAAAGUGUCUCGGAGACGGUCGAGACCUCGACUCACGAGACCACCGUCAUCGAUGGACGUCGCAGGACCUCUAAAGAGUCCGUGACUUCUCGAAAGGAUCACACGGCCAAGACGACAGUUGAAGGCAGAACCGAAGAGAAGGUCACUAGGAGCGGGAAAGUUACCAGAACCGAAGAAUUAAAAUCGGGCCUGACUACGGAGGCGACGUCCGAUGAGAAGAUGUCCCGGCAUGCCCUGGACGUUACCCCUAACAAGCAGAGAGUUCGCCUGGUUGAGGGCGAGGCCGCCGUAACGGAUGGGACUCAAAAACAGAUGUAUGCCACGGAUGAGGCUGCUCCGAAAGUAAUCACGCAUCAAGCAGAUGAACCGAUAGCGGACGACACCAGGAACGGAUCAGAAAGAACAAGGUUGUCGUCGCGAUCACGCCCUAGAACUACGUUGAAACUAGAAGGCAGGCACGAGUACUCGACUACGAGUUCAGACUACUUUAAAGAUAUAGGUACUCCUGGAAUCAAGCGUACAGAACGGUCUGCAAAGUCCGAAACAGGCGACGGUAAGGAGACGAGAGUAGCAGACGACACACCACUACCAGGCAAGGACAACAUACUGUCACAGGAAGGGCAGACUGUGCGCGAACAUAUUCAGAGCGGCAAAGCUAUGGCUGUAGACAGGUCGCAGAAGAGUGCCGACUCACAGCCGGACCGACCUAGAACUAGUCUCAGAAUGGAGGGCACGCACGCUCUCAUGACCACAACUUCCGAAGACUACAAAGCACACGAACAAACCGAGAAGGUGUCGCGACGGUUGAGACCAAAGAAGUUCGACGACCCCAGCUACCAAGUGGAACAAGAAGCCGAGAAAGAUGAAGCCAAGAAAAGAAAAGUCGACGCAUCCGCGAAGGACGACGCAAAGAUAAAAAGAACUCCGAAAACGCCAGUCGUAGCCCUUCAAGUAGACCUCGAAAGAAGGGAGACCGGGGCGUCCGAAGAGAGCUUAAGAAAGACAGGCGUAGAUAAGUACGACCAUUACGAAGAAAGUGCAGAAACAGAAGACCUGCUCAAAAGGACCUCUGUGAGGCAGACACCGAAAUACGACAUCGCGGCUGGCGUACCGACAGGCUUCGACAUAGACAAGCGACAGAAGCGGCGAAUAAAAGUUGGCCACGAUACAUCGACCACAGAAGUUCAUCCCUGGAAUUUACGAGGAAAAGGAACAUGCGUUCCGAGGGACAACCUCCGGCCCGCUUCGGGAGUCAUUGACCUUCACACAACGAAUCAAAUCGAAUAUUAUAAAAAGAAAAUGGACCGUGUGCGCCCCAUUAAACCAAAAGCGCUCGCCAAACUUUUCAGCAGCGGUAGUUCUACGGAGGAAGAAAUGUUACUCACGGAACAACGAAAGAAAAAACGCCAAUAUGGUCUCCAGAGGGGACACGCGCGCUACGCCUUAGAAGCGCCUAUCCCAGAGCACGACGAAAGUUCUUCGCCUUGCGAAGAUACAGCGACCCGAAGGAUGACCCGUACUCAUCCUGGAACCACCUCGAAAGACGAAGGUCUAGUCCGUGCAAGAAGGUACUUGAUGCCCUACGCGUUAGCAGAUAACAUCAGGUUUGAAGGCGACACGGACUUCACGACGACCAGUCGAGAGUCGUACAAAAACGACGCGGUUUACGACAGGUCACCUGGCUGGAGAAAAUCCGCCAAACACGAAGUCUUUCAUGAAGACACCAGGGUAGCCAGACACGAACGGUUUCCCGGAAGGCCGUCACACGCGACCUACAAGACUAGCGAAGAACUUAACAGGAUUAAGUCCGAGUCCAGUAAACAUCAUAUCCCCAGCACGUACGGACGAAAGGAUUCAGCUGAGCUUAUUGCCGAGAUACAAGGUCUGCUAACUGGAAAGGAAAAACGAAAGAGGAAGGUGCAGAGACAUACGGACAGCGAUGACUCAACGAAAACGACCCCGGAACCGAGAACUGCUGAAGAGGACAUUGCCACAUCAACGUCGCCUCAGAUGCGUUACGACUCUCCAUCAACUGCUGAAGGGCACCGAGACGACGUCCACGUCAGCGACAAUCACGACGCGUCAGCUGUCUACAAGGAUACAGGGCGCUCUGCAUACCCGUAUCAGACUGAAGACAUCGCUGGUGACGUCCGCCAAGAAGCUUCCUUGGACACAACCGGACACGCGGACUACUACAGGGUGGAAGCUGCACAACCGGCCAAGAGGACGACGGACGCGCAUCGAGCAGUUCAAAAACCGCAGCAGUUUAUGAUUGCGGAAAUGGCUGUUCCGGUUAGGCCUCAUACAACGCUUCGCACGGAACCAGGUCAAAACGGGCGCGACUUUUCAACCACCACCGGCGACACAUACGCGUACAGAGAUGGACAUGUUCACCCAUCCCCUUUUUAUCCCAGAUGCAACAUUCGAACUGGCAGUGGAGAAAUGGAAUUCCACACCGUCACCCAAGACGAGUACGCGCCAAAGACCGUAUCAAACGGGCAUGUACCUGUGCGCCCACUAACGACUUUGAAGCUGAGCGAGGACACGUCGUACAUCACACGGAACGAAGACAAGAUCGGGUAUUCUAAGGGAUUCGAAACAGGGUUCACGUCUUUUGGAGAUACGCAUUACCAAGCCAAGCGGCCAACAACCACGUUCAGAUUCGGAGACGACUCGCCGGAGUUUCAGACGACCAGUCAAAAAGUGUACCAGAAGUGGGAGACAGGAACGACGCACCCCAAGCGGGAAGCAAAAACGGCCACUGCGCCGACGACGCACAAGGAUAAGGCCUCCGACAAAGAAUGCAGUACCACUGCUGGACACAGCGAAACGUGCAGGCGAAAACACCAAAAGCAAGCCGGCAUCAGCGAAUUCUCGACCGUGACACAAUCAACGUACAAGCAUACAACAGUGGAACGCCCCCAGCCUUACCGGCCCCGGACGUGCCUCAAAAUACGAUGCGACAACACACAAGAAGUGUCCACAACAACCAGGGAGACAUACCGUAAGGUCACUCCCACUGCAAGAGUAAAACCGAUCAAGCGUGAAACGUGCAUUCACAGCCUCGGUGACGAUGACGUGCCUAUGCCAAAGGUAUCGAUGUCUGGAGAAACGUUCUGCCCCUUGCAAAUUCCACCCAAGUCUCAACCUUUCAGACCUUCUGAUAACCUUCACUUGAGUGGCGGCAUGUCCUUCAGUACGACACACGACACGUACUUUUCUUACUGCAAGCAGGACACUGAAGCGGUGGAACGUGUUAAGCCAAUCCGACACCAAUCUGUCAUACAAGACAUCAUAUUUCCGACUCAAGUGCGUACAUCAUCCGCAAGCAGUCAAGAAUCGUGCUGCUCUGGCAGUCGACAGGUACUGAAGUCUGUCGAGAACGUUACAGGGACAACGACGAGGCUUAAAGACGAAAAUGGGGCUAAAAUGGGGCAGAGAGUUGGUCACGGAGCGUCCAUGAGAAGUCUUCAAGACCCGAGACAACUCGCGAUCUCCAAGACAGGCGGCUUCUCCGGCGGACAAGACGCCGCUGACAAGAGCGGCGCAGCCGUGUCUCACUGUCCUGCCGCUAGGCUCGACACAAACUCUUCAGGGUAUGUCUUCAAGGAAGCUGUCGGAAAGCACAAGUUCUAUCUCCCAGUUAUACAUGACGGGGAUGUAUUAUAAUUAGAGCCUGAAGUUGUACGGUUUAACCCGAUUCUUCCCCGAAUUUGCACUCCGUUGCCUCAUUAGGGUUAAAACCGAUUUUUACCCGGCAAAGUGCCCUCACUGAGACGUCCGUAGGAAUGCACACUAACUUGCUUCGCAGCAAAUGCAGAUACAUCACCGUUUGUACCAUACCAGUACAGUCAGUCUGAUCCCGAUUUCUCCCCGAAUUUAGCAUGCUGGAAGUUUUUUUCCACCCGAAUUCGCACGAAUGUAGAGCACAUUUUUAUUUACCGGAUUUUUACCCCCCGAAUUUAGAAAAAAAAAUAUUUCCCGAAAACUUCAGGCUCUAAUUAUAUUGUACUAACUUUAUCGAAUUUCCAGUUUCGAACUGCAUAACAAACACGUACACUGCCGUUUUGUAGUAAGUUUGCAUGAAGGCAGCUUUCGACAUGCACGCAGAGCCAAUGCUGAGAGAGGACAGUAAUGCCAUCAGGGUUUAAACUCGCUUUGUAGCCUUUAUAUUUGCAUUUUGUAGACAGGGUAGAUGUAUAUAUAUAUAUGCAAUGAAAGAGCAGAAGCGCAUUAGCUUUUGUGUCGCUUUAACGCCUCCUCAACCUUCAGCACACUGAAGACUUGAAGGACGGCACAGAAGCACAGAGUCAAUGUACUUGUGCAGGCAGACAUAACGCUGCCAGCAGCAAGUCUUUUGAUGUUGUACAAACGAGAAACAGGACUGCCUUGUCGGAGAUGACUGACUGUGCCACUCAUUCCAUGAUGCAUGAAGAGACAAUGUUUCCAUUACAAGGUCCUCUAGUGUCUACCAAAGAGCUGCCCAUCUUUGCAUCCUGCAUCAUGCUAAUUGCUUGUAAAUACUCAUGUGAUUAAAAUAACGUCAGACAGUA